GCACCUGAAGCACAGUCACAAGCAUUUAGCAUAUAGCACAACACACUGCACUGACGACAGCUCUGGCCCAUGAGAGCAGUCACAUGACCCACCGUCACAUGAUGAGAUCACAUGGCCUGUUCCUUCUACUCUACGUCCUGCUGCUAUGUUGGGGGACUUCAGAAUCUCUGAGUCAUGGAUCCUGCCCGACUGGAGUAACCUGUGCACAGAUGGACCCAGCGGAGCGCUUCCUUCAGUGUGUGGGGCUGCCCUCUACGGACACUGGGUCUGACCACCUCAACAGGCUGCACUCUAUCAUGGAGGCUCUCAUGGACAUCUACACCUUCAUGCGCACCAGUGUGAGGGGAGUGCCCGUGCUGAGCCUGCAGGGGGAGCUGGAGAUGAGCCUGAUGCAUGAGCCUCUGCAGAAUGAGGCGUUGGUGAACAUGUGGCUGGAGGUGAAGAUGAAACCUCUGCUCCAGUCUGUGUCCAAGCAGCUGCUGUCCUGUCUGAGCACCAAGAACUUCAGCUGCUCCACCUACCAACUCAUGGUGCAGGAGAUGAGUGAGUACUUCUCCGACAUGGACCCAAUGCGACAGAGGUGGAUCUAUGACUUCUUCCUGUACCCCUUCCUCUCCCGGGACGGCGUGGCAGGCUGUGUGGAGCCGCAGCAGAACAGCAUAGACUGGCUCAUGAAGAACUUUGGUGCGUUUAAGGCCAUGGCCCGAAUAAAGGACUUCUCCACACUCAACAUGUACUUCAGUGGAUUGGAGGUUCUGGAUCUCCUGACCCCAGAGCAGAAGGCUGAGCUCCUGCUCAGUCCGGGGGUGGCUGGUCUGGACAACGGGACCCUGCACCUGGUGUUCAACAGCAUGAUGGGACAUCCACAUCCCACUCCCGGGAUCGGCCACAACAGGACCUCUGCUGAGUACAGCUAUUCCACAGUGGGACCCUACCAGACAACCACAGCCCAGCCCUCUAUCAACCAGGUGGUGAAAGGUUUCAUGCAAGCAUUCAAGCCCAUCAGCAACUUUGUCCAUGAGUUUGUGUCCUUCACCAAUCAGAGGGACAUAUCACAGAUCCGGAGCACCUCUCUGGCUCAGUUCCUGUUAAACUUCACGCUGUCAGAGGUAGCCACCAUGUACAAGGACCCCACUCCAGAGACUGCUCCAGACUUCAACCUGACCAGUGUGGAUGACUGGUACCUGCAGGUGGUGGUGCCAGUGCUGCGCAGGUUCCUCCCCAAAGAGGUCCUCACGCAGACCAAUGUGUCCGUGGCCUUUUACUCCCUCUUUUACCUGGAGCAUGGCAUGAAUGAAACUGCCUCAGAGCUGGAGGACGUGUGCAGCCUCGUCUUGGACCAGGGCCAGUGUGGGAUGACAGACGUGGUGCAGGAUGUGGCCUGGGUGCUGCAUUGUGCCGCUCAGACAGAUUUCACUAUGACUGAGCAGAACGUCCUGGGGCUGAUGGUUGGACUGGCCCAAAGGUUCUCGUCGCUGUUGAAGGCAUUCUCCUCUGUGGACUUCAGUGUCAUGUCUAAAGACAUCAGGCAGAUCUUCAGUGGCACCACCUCUCCAGCUCUAAUCCAGAAACAUCUGUCUGACCCAGCCUUCAUCCAGACCUGGUUCAGGGUCAAACUGCUGCCCUUCCUGCCGGACGUGCCUCCGGAGCUGCUGUCCUGCCUGAGCCGAAAGAACUUCUCCUGCCCUGUCUACCACACCAUUGUGCGUGACCUCAGUGAGCACAUGGUGAGGAUGGAGGGCAGUCCUGAGGACAGUCAGAGCAUCUACGAUAACUUCAUCCACUCGUUCCUCCUGCUCCACAACUCCUCCGAUGCUCGUUGUAUGUCCAACAGCAGCGUUCUGUGGCUCCAGCAGAACUUUGGCUCCUUCUCUCGCUUUGCUUCCAUCACAGACUUCUACCAGCUCAACCCGCUCUUCUCUGGGGUGGAGGCGCUGUCCGUCUUGAGCCCUGUGCAGACGGCCCAGCUGCUGCUCCUGCCUCUGCCCUCUCCUCCAGACAAAGCCCAGGUGGUGGAGCAGGUCUUUGACUUCCUCCUCUCUGCCCCACACGCACACUUCAGGGAGGUGCUGAAGGCUGUGAUUGCACUGGCCCCACAGGUCAACGUGUCAUGUUCUCUCUACACACAAAUUUUUGUGCGUCUGUAUGCCUCCAUUCCCUCUGUGUUCCCGGCUCUGGAGCCUGCGGUCUGGGCUUCUAUAGAAGACCUCAUUGACAUCGCACCACAAGAAUGCGUACCAGAAAACAUCACGUGUCCAGUCACACCAUUCAACGGUACGGACGUGUGUGGACACCUGAGUGUCCCUCAGUGGUCCUGGUCCUUCUCCAAUAUCUCUGUGGACUCUGUGUGUGACUUCCCUCUGGAGCAGUACGCCUGUGCACAGCUUGAGAACUUCACGGCAGCUCACCUGGCCUCCCUGCUGUGCUGUGACCUGGGCAGCAACAGCAGUCACUCCACGGUGCUAUGGAAGCUGCUGCUAACCAAGCUCUCCCCCAUCUUAGAGCCCGCCCUGGACCUGCUGGCUGCAAAGCCCGUGGGGAGUGUGAGUUCUUCUGCCCCUGAGAUCCUGGACGUUCUGGGGGAGAUCAGACUGUCCCUGUUGACGGAUCAGGAGCUGUGGAACUCCAGCCUGCUCAACACAUGGUUCUCCCAGCGGCUCCGAGUCUUCCUCCCAUACGCCUCUGGAAGAUUCCUGCGCUGUCUGAGUGGACGCAACCUCAGCUGCUUCUCCUACCAGCACAUCCUGAACAUCUUCAUCCAGAACUUUGAGGAGAUGACUCUACAACAGCAGCAUGUGGUCCUCAAGAACUACAUCGUCCGCUUCCUCUCCAGCCCCCACUCAGGUCCUGGCUGUUUGUCCAUGAACAGCUCUGAGUGGCUCCUUCAGAACGUGGGACCUUUCUCUUGGUUCCUGUCUCUCCAACGUCUGCUGCAGCUCAACCCACACUUCAACCCACUGGACGUCCUGUCUAUGUUGACCCCAGAGCAGAGCGCACAGAUGCUGGCACUGCCUCUGCCCAUAGACAAAGACACUAUCAUCAACAGCCUGUUUGACUUCUACACCCAGGACUCUGCCAAACAGUACCUGCCCAUGUUCCUCUCUAACCUCACACACACCGUCCCACAGGGAAACUUGUCCUGCUCCGAGUACACAACUCUGUUCAACAGGCUGGACUUGGCCACUGUCUCCGUUUCUCUGGUGACUGAAUCCGACAUCAUCAGAACCAAGAUGGCGCUGGUCCCACACUUGCCGCAUGGUUGUGUCAUUUACGAGGGAGAGUGCACAGUGACAGUUCGAAAUGAGACAGAGAUCUGCGCUGAGGUGAACAGCACGUCUCUGCAGCUCCUGAUCGACCAGGGAAAGAUGGAUGGACUUUUCUGUGACUUCACUGUGGAACAAGUGGCCUGUGCCUCGCUGUCAGCGCUCAACGUCUCAGACCUGGUGGACAUCCUGACCUGCAAACGCGCUCAGAACUCCAGCGGCUCCCGGGCCUCCUGGAAGCUUCUGUUCAGUAAAGUUCCCCACGCCCUCGACAAGGCUCUGGACGUUCUCGCAGAUAAAAUCCUGGAUCCAACACAAGCCUCUGUCCCUCUCAUUUUGGAUGCCAUUCGAGAACUCAGAUUGGACAAUUUCCCCCUGGACCAGAUCAACCAUCCACUGGUUGUCGAGUUGUGGUUCAACCGCAGGCUCCGGCCCUUCCUGUCCUCUGUGUCCACGGACUUUCUGCACUGUCUCACCACCAAGGAUCUGAACUGUUCCACCUAUCAGGAAAUUGUGCACGCCCUGAGCCUCCGCCAGCCGCAGAUGGCCAUGUCCACACAGAUGUACAUCUACACUCACUUCAUCAGGGUCUACCUCAGCAGGAACCACACUCAGGACCCCAGCUGCUCAGCCCAUGCCAACAGCAGUGAGGCCUGGCUGCGCAUGAACGUGGGAGCCUUCUCUAAGCUGGCGUCCUUCAAAGACCUACGCACUUUUUACCCCGGCUUCUCUCCUCUGGACGCCCUGGCCCUCCUCAGUGUGCGGCAGCUGGCAGAGGUCAGCUCCACGCCCGGACAGCUCUCGUCUCCUGCUCAGGUCGCCAUGGUGAUGAGCCAUGUGCCCAAUGGUCUCCUCAUGUCCUUCUUUGAAGAUUAUUCUGCUGCAAUUAUGGACACUGAGAGCCAGUACCCCGCACCUGUCCGCUCCGCCAUGUUACAGGUGGUGUUUGACAGGGCCAACCUGUCCCAGCCCUCUGUCCCAGACUCAAAGGUCAGUCAGUGGCUGGACCUGCUUCCCCCCCUGCUGUUCGACCUGUCCCCUGCACACGUGGGGCCUUUCUUCAGCAUCCUGUCAGGGAGAAGCUGCAGUAUUGAGCAACAAGGAGUGGAGGACCUGAACUCAACCAUCUCCAGCUUGAGUGAGCAGACCCAGAGGAGCAUCGUCAGCCACAUCAUGCUCAGUCUGCAAGGCCCUGUACCCCUGCGGUGCUAUGGAAAGAACUCUAAUCAAAGCUUCUACCGCUUUUUGGAGAGCGCAUUCGUGGGCUUCCAGUUCCCCAACCUGACCACCAUUCUGUCCCUGAUACCCUCCAACCAGAUGCCCCAGCUGCUAAACUCCAUACCUGCCUCAGACCUGGGUGACCUACUGCGGAGACCUGGUGUUGUGGACAGUGAAGCCGCGCUGUGUCAGAUCUACACGAACUACAGAGACACGCGCAUGUUCCUGUGGAGUGAGCCCCUCCCUCUCAGCGUCCAGCGGAUGACACUACCCUGUGUGUGGCCCUUGGCCCUCAGAUCGAACUCUCCCUCUGAGGUCGACAUGUGGUUUGACCAGAGCCUCAAGAGCUAUUUACCCCUCCUGACCAAGAAAGAGCUCAGCCCCAGCGUCACCUACAACGCGUCCUGUGUGGCCUUCCAAAAGCUGGUGGCAGUAAUGGGACAGUACAACUACAGUGGCACAGACUUGAACAGAGGGGACGUAUUCACCAGCAUCCGAGCGUUCCUCUCUACAGCGUCUGCCCCGAGGUGCUACAACUCCAGUGACCCGCUCCUGAACUCCACGGCCUGGUUCGCUCAGUACAUCGGGUUCUUCUUCAGGUUCAUGACUCUGGAGGACAUGCUCAUGUUUGGAUCAGAAGAGGAUCUGAAAGUGUUCACGGUGAACCCUCAGAACAUAGCCCUCCUGAACCAAUCUGCUCUGCCUCAGAACCUCACCGACUACUACACCCAGCUGGUGUACCUGCAGGACAGCAACUUCAACCCCCUGCUCCUGCCCCUUCUGAGUCGCUGUGUGGCUCCUGGCCCCGCCUUCACCCAGCUCAACGCACAGCAGAGCAUUAUCAUCCUCCAUAACCUAACCACCCUGUGCACCGAUCUGGACCCACAGGUGGCAGCUGCUCUGGCUGAGAACUUUGGAGAUAACAUAGAUGCUAACACCCUGGAGAACCUUGGGAAAGAGAACGUAGGUCUGUCCAUUGGGCAGAUCAAAGUCAUUGCAGGAAAAGAUCUACUGCAGGCCCUGGGCACACUCAGCGGAGUGUCUGGGUGGAACCAGGGUCAGGCCCGAGCUAUUGUCCAGUCUUUGAUAUCCUCAGGGGUCAUGAAGUUCAGUAACACUUCGUCCCUCAUUAUGCUGGGCACUCUGCUGGCGGGCGUGCCCUCCUCUGUGAUUGGUAGCAUCAAAGGUACCGAGCUCCUGAGCGCAUCCAAGAACCCCGCCUUCCUCACGAACAUGAUGUCUGCCAGCACAGUUACCCAGGAGAUCUUUGUCCUACAGCUGAUCGCGGUGAAUAGCAGCAGCGAGGCCAUUGUGGAGAAUGUCCCAGAUGACAUGGCCUCUCAGGUUCCCAGGGUCCUGCUGGUGACCAUGUCCAGCAACCCCAGGAUCCUGAAGGACGUCAACAAGAAGAAGUGGAAAAGUCAACAGGUGCAGCUGUUCUUUAGUGUAGUGGCUGUGGACAGCGCCACUACUGCUCUGGGCGGGAUAAACAACCUGUCGUCCUCAGUGCUUCAGGGAUUCACCUGCACGAGCAUCAGAACCUUCCAGAAGACUCACAUCAACAACCUGAUUAAAGCUUGUCGCAGAAAAGGCAAUGACAAGGUCACACUGGUGGAGUCUCAGCUCACAUGCAUGUCGUACUACAUACAGAACUCGUCUGACGUCACAGACUUCUCCCUGAUACCCCAAGACGUGCUACUGUACUACCAAUACUCCUCGGUGCCUGUAUCCAGAUGUAGGGACUACUUUCAGCAGCUGGCAGAUGCAGACUUCUCCGUUUUCUCCUCGGCUCUGAGCUACAAGAAAACUGAGCUCUUUACCAACGCCAAGAGCUGCCUGGGCAUAAACAGCACCAGCCUGAACCAGGAGCAAGUGUCUGUGCUGGGAAACAUGUGCUGCACUCUGCAGGGCUCUUACAUCCAAGACUCAGACCCCUCCAUCCUGGAGAAGCUCAAGAACUGCCCCGACCUCACUGAAGAGCAGGCCGCUGCUGUGCAGACUCUGCUGGAGAGUGGGAACACUCCAUAUGGUGCUCCCUCUACCUGGAACUUGCAGACGCUGAAGGACCUGGGCAUGCUGCCUCUGUACCUCCAGUCCUCCUUCUAUCAGCACUUUAAUAAGAAAACUUUAAAGAACUUCCUCAAGUAUUUCCUCAAAGCCCUGAAAGCUCAUAAAGUGUCCAGGAGCAAGAGGAGGGUCCUCAAGAAGAACAUCAGAGAGUCUCUGAAGAGCCGCAUCAAACGUGCAGCUGGCUGCACGGUGGGAGAGAUCGAUCAGGUGACCAUCAGUGACGAGACCUUCCCCUUCGACUACACUGACAUCCAGCAGUUCAACAGCUGCCUGAGCGCCACCACAGUGAAGGACAACCUGGACACCCUGACCAUCAAGUUGGACGAGGAGGACUACCUCAGGGUGGUGCUGGACAAGCUCAAUGAGGCGUACGCAGCCAGCAGCUCUCCGGACAUCCCCGAGGAGCAGGUGCAGCUGCUGGGCCCUGCCUCUCGAGUGUCCACAGCACAGGACAUCAGCCACUGGACCAUCACAGAGCUGGACACCCUGUCUGCUCUCAUGAGUCCCUCUGAUGGACAGUGGAACGCCAGCCUGGCUCAGCAGGUGAUCAGCAGGUAUCUGUCCACACCAGGGAACAGUCUGGGCAGUGCAGAGCUCAACGCUGUGGGAGGAGAAAACCUCUGCUCUCUAGAUCCCCAGGUCCUGAAGAACAUCUUGCCCCAGAGCCUCAGAGACGCUGAUGCGCUGAGCGUGUCUGUCUGCUCUACUCUGAAGAAACAGGCCCUGUUCAGUGUGGCAGUCCAAGCCUUCAGCAGCUCCUCCAGCAGCUCCUCCACUCGCUCCUCCACUCGCUCCUCUGUGCCCGUCAGCACGUACCAGCUCAUGCAGCCCUACCUUGGGGGUGCUAAUGAGUCAUAUGUGAAGAGCCUGGUUUCCUCUAAUGUGAACAUGGAUCUGCCAACCUUUACCGCACUGGACUCCACCGUAGUGCAGAGCCUGAGCGUGAGUGACGUGAGGAGCCUCCUAGGGUCCAACCUGAACGAGCUCAAGUCCUACGAGAACACCAUUGUGGUACAGGAAUGGAUCAGUGUCCAGUACCAGUCUGACCUGGACACGCUGGGGCUCGGGUUGGUAGGGGGCCGGACAUCCUCAGAGGCCUCCACCGCUGCUCCAAGGAACUCCACAGCUGCUUCAGGAAACUCCACAGCUGCUCCAGGAAACUCCACAGCUGCUCCAGGAAACUCCACAGCUGCUCCAGGAAACUCCACAGCUGCUCCAGGAAACUCCACAGCUGCUCCAGGAAACUCCACAGCUGCUCCAGGAAACUCCACAGCUGCUCCAGGAAACUCCACAGCUGCUCCAGGAAACUCCACAGCUGCUCCAGGGACCACAGCCGCACCCUCUGCAGGCCCUACCACUACUAAGCCUUCGAACACAGUGUCCACCACAGUGUCCACCACAGUGUCCACCACAGCCAAACCAAGCCACGGCGUGUCCCUCAGCGCCUCCAGUGGACUGUGUGUAGUACUGCUCCUGCUGCUCUGCUCCUCUCAGCGUGUGUUCACCUAAACGCGACGCAGAGCUGCUAAUCAUGAAGGAAGUCUUAUAAGCCGUCUCAAGUAGUCCUUACUUUUACAAAGAGUCCAGAUUUAGACACAUUCAACAGUACAAGUCCCUCAGGAGCUCGUUUGAUUGUUCUUUAUAUUUAUUAUUACAGCAGACUAUUUUUCAGCUUUUGUAACAAAUGAAAGAUUUAUCUAGAAGAGUUUACCAUGAUUAUCAGAUUAUACAGUGUCAAGGGCAGGAUGUUUUCUAUAACCUAUGUGCAGUGAUGUAUAUAAUUUAUCAGAUCAAAUAUGCUUUUUGCACAAAUUGUCUUAAAAAUAUAAUUUUUCAUGUAAAUCUUUUUUGUUUUACACCGUUGAUUAGUCAAUGAAUAUGUCUUAUAAUAGUAUAAUAAUAAAGGUUUGCAGCUUUGAACCUUGUUGGACUGGACUGUCUAAGGUUGUUUCCAUUGAUGCAGGAUCUUAAGACUCAAGAUUAUCACAUGACAUGUAUACUGUGAAAAUCAACUGUCUAUUUUUAAGUGCACAAAUACAUUUUACA